AUGCAGCCAAACCAUCUUGAUCCGCCUUGCCCUGUUCAUGACGGGAACCAGGAACGAAGACACCAUACCCCCCGGGAUGCCACCUCAGCAUCACGAGAAUCAGUUAUGCGAUCACGAAACGUGUCUGGUGGACAGCACACCAGGUCGGAAGAUUCGUGGAUUGAAGUUGCGUCGCAACCAUCCUCCUCCUCCUUAUCCUCAACUGCUACAAACGAUGAUAUCAUCACAACAGGCCUUCGGGUACGACAACAUCGACAUUGUAGGGCUCCACGUCGUAGCGCGGUCCCCCAUAGUAUGAACGGUCAAUACUCCAACCGUUCGCCCAGCGUUCCAGGAAGUAGUCAAGACGAAUAUGAGGAGAGCGAUAGCGAUUCAGAUCGUGUGCUGAGUGGUUCAAAUGAAGAUGUUGCCGCUCGAUCUCGUGGAGAUGCAGUGUUUCUUCACGGUAACUCGUCAGCCUCUGACGCUGCGUUUUCCAGCGAUGAAGAUGAUAACUCUACGGCUAUUGGUGUGAGCCCAAACCCGCCGGCGUUUACUCCUCAGCCAAAUGCCUUCUCACAUCCUCCUGCCUCUCAAACUCGACGAUCUAGAACAACUGCCUUUGUGGCAAAUCAAGCUCCAUCUUCCUCUAGCUACACAACGGGAACCAGAAGAAACUCGCGCUCAAGUUUACGCUCCUCAAGACAUACGCGCCAACAGCAACAUUCUCCUUACAAUAUGAUAUCCCCGUCCUAUCAAGCCGACAAUGAUGCUGCACUGCGAGCAAGCCUCUCGACUCUUCUAUCUUGCGCAGCGGCUGCUCGCGGCUUGUCCAAACACGAUACUCAUCCUCCAACGACUGAGAGACCUGAGCCUCCUUCAUUCCGAUUAGUCCCUGAAUCUGUUGCUUUGGGAGACGACCCCGGCGAGGAAGCUGCCAGAGCAGCACCUCCCGCUUUAAAUAGCGCAACGGGACAGUGUUUUACCCCACGGUCCUCGUCCUCCAAACGUGCCGCAUCUCCUACUACAGGUCACAAGACAAGGCGAAAAGUAAGCCUCCCGCGAAGUUGCUCUCCGUCAUCAAAGCGAUCCCGUCGAGCUGUCGGGCCGCAGACCUCAUCCAUAAUCAGCCCCACCGUUAUGACUUGGGUCAUAAGUGCUGGCGUAGUAGUUCUAUUCUCUGCCAUCAGCUUCUCGGCUGGAUACGUUCUUGGCAGAGAAGUGGGGCACACUGAGGCUGCGCAUGGUCUUGGGAAUAACGGGCUUGGUGUAUUACUUAAUGGGACCUCAGGAGAUGGUAGUUUAUCAAGUGCCAAGGUGGGAGCCGGCUGUGGAAAAGAGGCAGUCAAAGGUGGAUUGAGAAGAAUUCGAUGGGUUGGAGGUGGCGCGGGGUCUAGCAUCAGUGCUUCAUAA